AUGUACGCCCCGAAGUCGCAGCUCUAUGCAGCUACAAUACUGGCAACGCAGAUCCAAUACACGUCCACGCCCGUCGGGACCAGCUUCGCCAACAUCACAAAUGAAAUUCGUGUCGCCGAUACCACAGGAACCAAAUGCGCAGCUCGUUCCCCGUCCGAUUUUCAGUAUCAUGGUAGAUGGGAUUUGGGCCUGCUCGGCCUACUAGUCCUCACCAUCCUCGUGUUAAUGUGCCUGGAACAAUAUUUCUUGACGCCGGUAGAACCUAAGAGGCUGGACCCGGUGAUAGGUUCAGGUGAUCCUGAAGCCGAGUGUGAAGAGGCUCAGGGCAACGGAGUGCGCGUGGAGGAACCAGUUGGGACUGAGCCCAUGUUCGCUAGAUCCAUGCUUCUUCAUGGGGCCUUAUUCAUCGCUUGGUUUGGAUUUCCCAACGAUGCUAUGGGCUUCAGAUACGAUGGGCUGGACGGAGGAUGGCUAAAAUCGAGUCUCGCCUACCCAGCUGUUCUCAUGGCCGUUCAAUCUACCAACACUCUCGUGGGCAAGAACUUGCCUGCACGAUUGGGGGAAAGGAUUGGAUUCCCCCGAGAGCAGUCCGAGAGCAAAGCGUAUGCAGAGUCGGAUUACCAAAGGUCGAUGGUCUUUCCGGCAGACUGCACGAGGGAUGAAAAAGUACUGCUCUAUUUAGUUGAAAUAUGCGCCGACAAGCUGCAAAUGGUUCUCACCGAAGUGAGCUUGUCGCUUGAGCAGGAUUGGGUCGACUUUACUAUGGCAUUGUUCAUAGUAUGCAGGUUAGGCUCAGUCAUGGACUGGGCGGAUACUGCUGUCUAG